GUGUGGCGCACUACUUUGUCCCUCCGCGCCCCACACUCGUAACCACGCACUUUGCACCCGCGCUGUUCCGGUUCUGCUCACGGUGUCAUGUGUGCAGGGUCCGGCCAGGUCCACUUGCUGCGGUUAAUAUGAGCCCACAGGCGAGCCAUGGGACCCGGACCGGACCUGUUCUACCUGACUUUACUGCUGUGGACCAGGAGAGGGACCGGACUGGCGGACUUCUCAAACUACCUGUCCAGGAUCCUGAGCACUCAUUCGGUCUGGGCCUGCGACGGUCAUCCUGUACGCCUCCACUGUCCUCGCCACUCCACCAUCUCCAUCCAUCACGCCUUCUACGGCGCCGGCCAGCUGGCCCGGCGGUGCCUGGCGGACCCCGCCACCGUCCAGGCAGCCCGGAACCGCGGCUGCUCGUCUCUGACCGUGCUGCAGAAGCUGCUGUCGGAGUGUCAGAACCACAGAGACUGUCAGCUCUACGUCAACCACCUGCUCUUUGGACCCGACCCUUGUCCUGGUACCAGCAAGUACCUCCAUGUGGACUACAAGUGUAAACCCACGGAGCACAAAAGGCGAGUGGCGUGCGAGGGUGAGACGGUGGUGUUACGCUGCAAGCCCCCCCGCGUGCUGAACAUCUACUCGGCGGUCUAUGGUCGAGGUCUACACCAGGAGGACACCUGCCCCUCCACCCUGACCCCACACACCCUCUUUGACUGCCUGAGCCUGGACGCCGUACGUGUGCUCAACAAGCGUUGCUACGGCAAACAGAGGUGCGCCGUCGUCGUUGGCAACGAGACCUUCAAGGACCCGUGCCCCCCCGGAUCCAGGAAGUACCUCAGUGUGCUCUUCUCUUGCGUGCCUUGGAUUCUACUGAGGGAGGUGGACCCAAAUAUUGCUGUCAUCACCUCGUCAUCGCCAGCACUCAGCACAGAAGGUCUUCCAGUCCAUGUUGACGUCCCGCAUCCCGAAGGCAAGGACGACUCCGGAGCGAUGAUGAGCACCUCCCUCGCCGCCUACGCCUUCAUCAAAGAGCAUCCAGACAUGGCGGCGCUGCUGUUUGCUUCCAGCGUCUGCCUGGGCCUCGUGGUCACGCUGCUCGCCGUGUCGGUCCAAGUCACCUGCGGGGGGGAGGAUGAUGAUGAUGAUGAUGAUGACGACAACACUGAGGGAAGCUCGUCAUUGGAGGCAAAGUCCGUCACUGACCAGUGGGAGGAAGUGACGCAGGUGAGCGAGGCGGCGGAGAGAGCGGAGAGGAUGGAGCGCAGGGAGAUGAUCGUGCAGGAAAUUAGGAUGAACGCUUACUUGAACGGAGGCUAAGGUCUGUAAGGGCGCCAUCAAAGAAUUGGAAUUAUUACUCUCCAAAUGUUUUGUACACGCACCUUUUGUAUUUGUCUCCAAGCACCACUAGAAGAGGCUGCAAAACAAACACAUACCUCGCAUGUUUUGCUGUAUUUUGCUCCCUAGUGGCAGCUGUUGUAAUCACACCUGCAAACAAAUGAUUCCUAGACUAGAGUCCUGUCCCUUUUAAGAGGGCUGUUGGUCAUUAAAAUAAAUGUUUUAUUUUCUGGCUCUCAACAAAGGCGAACGCUUCCCUCUCCCUUAUUUCUCCUGCCUCCUCUUAACUUCCUGGAGACUCUUUUUGCACUGCUCUCUAAAAUCUGGGAAGUGGAAUUGAUCAAGUGGCCUCUCAAAGAAAUGAACAACAUCUUUUGGAGGAGAAGCUCAAAUUCGGAGGUAACCUGCCUGUCCUGACGGAACCUUUUGUUGCUGGAUACAC